UUUCCCGCGGUUGAUUUCGGCAUGGAGGAAAUUUAUGCUAAGUUUGUGUCUCAGAAAAUCAGCAAAACCCGCUGGCGACCGGUACCUUCCGGGAGUUUGCAGACCGCGGAGACCUUCGCUACAGGCUCCUGGGACAAUGAGGAAAAUUAUAUUUCACUGUGGUCUAUUGGAGAUUUAGGGAACCUGGACUCUGAUGGAGGGUUUGAAGGAGACCAUCAGUUACUGUGCGGUACCCGGCACUAUGGUGAUGUUAUGGAUUUACAAUUUUUUGACCAGGAAAGAAUUGUAGCUGCUUCAUCAACAGGAUGCGUAACGAUUUUCCUUCACCAUCCAAAUAACCAGACUCUGUCAGCCAGCCAGCAGUGGACCACAGCUCACCACCACACGGGUCCUGGCAGUUCUUCCUAUAGCAGUGCACCGUGCACAGGCGUUGUGUGCAGCAGCCCAGAGAUUGUCACAGUUGGAGAAGAUGGUCGAAUAAAUCUCUUCAGAGUUGAUCACAAGGAAGCUGUGAGAACUAUAGACAAUGCUGAUAGCAGUACACUCCAUGCUGUAACUUUCCUUCGAACUCCUGAGAUUCUUACAGUAAAUUCAAUUGGACAGUUGAAAAUAUGGGAUUUCAGACAACAAGGAAAUGAGCCCUCUCAGAUAUUUUCACUGACUGGUGACCGAGUGCCACUGCACUGUGUUGAUAGACAUCCCAACCAGCAGCAUGUUGUGGCUACUGGUGGCCAGGAUGGAAUGUUGAGUAUUUGGGAUGUUAGACAAGGUACUAUGCCUGUGUCUCUGCUGAAGGCUCAUGAAGCUGAAAUGUGGGAAGUUCACUUUCACCCAUCCAACCCAGAUCAUCUAUUUACCUGUUCCGAAGAUGGAUCCCUGUGGCAUUGGGAUGCCUCCACAGAUGUGUCUGAAAAAUCAUCACUCUUUCACCAGGGAGGAAGAAAUAGUACUAUUUUGUCUCAUAGCAUUAGUAACCAGGCUAAUGUUCACCAGUCUCUUAUAAGCUCCUGGCUCAGCACUGAUCCUGCAAAAGACCGCAUUGAGAUCACAAGCUUGCUUCCCAACAGGACUUUGUCUGUGAACAGUUUGGAUGUUUUAGGUCCUUGUCUUGUUUGUGGAACCGAUGCAGAAGCAAUUUAUGUUACUAGACAACUUUUUUCAUGAAAAUACUAUAAUUAUAAGAUUUCAGAUAAAAACAUACAGUUAGCCUUUCAAAUUCCAACUUCUGUGCAAAUUUUUAUUAUUGCAAAAUGUGAAAUUUGCAGGGGUAGCAUCAGUAAACUAUUGUUAAUGGCAGUUCCCAGUUUUGGAUUUUGUUAGUUGGAUAUUCCCCUAACAGUUGCAAAAUCUGAUAGGUGACUGAUGGCAAAA